UUGUAAAACUUUUUUAUUACAUGGAUGUUAGCUGUAAAUUAGAAAUUCAUUGAUUUAUCACAUAGAAUAUUAUCAUGGGAUUAAUACAAUCCAUAUUCUGUUCGGUGAUCUUUUGCGUGGAACGAGUAUUAACUUGGACGUGCUGCGCGUUCGUGCUGAUGCUGCUUAUGGCCAUCAUCAUUAUCCUGAUGAUUUACGGCAUCUCGGUGGGCUACCACUAUGCGCAGAAGGAACUAGCGUCUUUUGCUAUGUCAUCUCGUUCAACGACGGAGCCGUCUGUGUCGGCGCGGCGCGCGGGCGGCGACGCGGCGCCCGUCGUCCGAAUGCUCGCCGUCAACCGCUCGCACGAUCGUCUACCGCAGCCUAUACUCGAGAUUCACCAAACGAAAAGACCAAUGGAACUUUAUUUGGAAACUUCUGAGACGCCCAUAAUUGUUCUGGAAACAGAAAGGCCGCCUCAUAAGCCAGAACUGUCUCCACACGAGAGAGAACUGGCUAGACGACUCAUCAGCAGGUUCCGAAGGUCGAAAAACAUAACCACAACCGAAAUACCAUUUUUAAGACCACUCAACAGUACCGAACCACCUAUGAGGGUGAUGGGAUGAGGGAAAAACUAAAAUUGCCAACACAAAAAACUUUUUAUAAUUAUUUUUAUAUACUUU